ACCACAAUACUCCACCAUCAUCAUCGUAAUCUCAGCGCCAUCCCACUAUACGCAUACCGCCAACGAUCAUUCCCCCGGAAUCGCAUCAGCCAUGCCGCGCCCACCCAAGAACAAAGCCGUCACCGAGCCUGUUGUGCCAGUAAUCACUGCACCCAGCAUCCCCGCUGUUGCUGCUGCUCCCCCCCCCGCCGCGCUCACCUUUAAGGCACCUCCAGUCAUCGACGUCGACCAGUUCAUCCGCGUCAGGGAUUCAGUCUACCAGAGGCUUCAGACAAUCCAGGAUUUGAUUCGGAGCUUUUCCCAGGAUUAUCUGCGCCAGACCAACCUACUCAUCGGCGAGGGCACCAAUCUUGAGAAUGGCGGCGAACUAGACCGCAUCGCCGGCUCCUUCACCAACCUGAUGCCGGCUGCUUUCGCGGUCCCACAGCCCCCGGUUGAGGAGAAGAAAGAGCGCAAGAAGCGCACCCACGACCCUAAUGCGCCCAAGCGGCCCCUGACCCCGUACUUCCUCUACAUGCAGACGGCCCGCCCCAUCAUCGCCAACGACCUCGGAGCCGAAGUGCCCAAGGGCGCCGUCCAGGAGGAGGGCCAGCGGAGGUGGACCGUCAUGAGCCCCGCUGAGAAGCUCGGCUGGAACCAGGCCUACCAGUACAACCUCCGCCUGUACAACGCCCGCGUCCACUCAUACAAGCACGGCAACCCGGACGCCAAGAACAUGACCGACGAUGAGGCGCGUGUCUACGCAGAUCAGCAUGGUAUUGGGAUCCCGCCCAUCAUCCAGGUUGAGGAUGUACCCGCAAAUGAGCAGGAGGCGAUCGCCGAGCAGCUGCAGCAGAGCGCCGCCGCCGAGGCUUCACCCUCGGAGGAGUCCGAAGAGGAGCCUGCGCCGGCGGCCAAGACCCCCAAGAAGCAGCCGGCGAGCCGCAAGCGCAAGAGCACGGCUGCAGCCACCCCCGCUGCUGCUGAGCCGGAACCCCCCAAGCCCGCCGCGGCGGCGACCCCGGCGAGCCCAGAGGCCAAGAAGCGGAAACGAACGUCCAAGGCGGCCGAGCAGGUGGAGGAGCCUAAGAAGUCUGGUCGUAAGAAGACCAAGAGCGGCUAGGUUGCCUUUCCGCCCUUUUGCUCUGUCUCUGUCUUGUCGAUUCCGUUCUUCCCUUUUCUCUCCUUAUGAUACCUUGAGGCGAGCAUUUUCAUCCUUGAUGGUGCCCCUUUGGACGAGUGACAUCUUCGGUCGAAGCAAAGUCGCCCAGGUGUGCGAAAUGGAGGAGGGUGUGUCAGGGGCUUCAGUUGCGGUUUAUCGGGCUCACUGUCCUUCGAGUCCGCUGUUGGAUCUAGUAGUGUAUGUGUCAAUGAUGGGAUGGGGAGGUUCUGGUCUUUCUGAACACGGUUUCCUGGAGGCAAACGGAAGGUUGAAAGGUGUCGGCAUGCUUUUUU